AUGUCUGCAUUUGCCGACCCCCCCGCCUCGCCGGGCUCAUUGUCCGCCAGGCGUCUUACGAACAGGAAUACAAAUCGCUACAGCGUCACCGCUCUCUUCAGUAUGGCCGCUGAACAGGAUGUUGAGGUUGAGGACGAUCUUGCCAAAGCGCAAAAGCGCCUGCGUGAUCUCAAGGCUCGCAUCUCCGCACAGUCCAAAAAGAACUUCGUUUUAGAGCGUGAUGUCCGCUAUCUCGACUCGCGGAUAGCCCUUCUCAUCCAAAACAGGAUGGCGCUCGACGAGCAACGUGAAGUCGAAAGGCAUCUCGAAGAGGUCGAUCCAACAGAGGGUCAUUACCCAGACGAACGCAAGCUUCAGCAGUAUUCAAACUUGUUCUUCCUACUCCAAUCCGAGCCCCGCCAUGUUGCAGCCCUCUGCCGGCUCGUCAGCCUCUCCGAAAUCGAUACCCUACUUCAAACCGUCAUGUUCACCCUCUAUGGAAACCAGUACGAGAGCCGAGAAGAACAUUUGCUGUUGACCAUGUUCCAGUCCGUGCUAUCUGCACAGUUCGACACUGCUACGGAAUUUGGUUCGCUUCUGCGCGCCAACACUCCUGUAUCACGUAUGAUGACAACAUACACUCGUCGAGGGCCGGGUCAAAGUUACUUGAAGAGCGUCCUCGCCGAGCGAAUCAACAGUCUCAUUGAACACAAGGACCUCAAUCUGGAGAUCAAUCCUGUGAAGGUGUACGAGCAAAUGAUCAACCAAAUCGAGGAAGAGACCGGGUCGCUUCCAGAGAACCUGCCUAGAGGUGUCCCGCCGGAAGUCGCAUCUGCAAACCCCGAUGUCCAAGCCAUCAUCGCUCCACGAUUAACGAUGCUGAUGGAGAUCGCGAACAGCUUCUUGGUCACGAUUAUCGACAGCAUGGAGAGCGUGCCGUACGGCAUCCGGUGGAUAUGCAAACAAAUCCGAAGCCUGACCCGGAGGAAAUACCCGGAGGCGACUGAUUAUGCCAUCUGCUCUCUCAUUGGCGGUUUCUUCUUCCUCCGUUUCAUCAAUCCUGCUAUCGUGACGCCGCAGGCUUACAUGCUCGUGGAUGGCGUACCUGCGAAGCACCCACGACGGACAUUGACAUUGAUUGCCAAGAUGCUCCAAAACUUGGCCAACAAGCCAUCUUACGCGAAAGAACAAUAUAUGAUGACACUAAACCCGUUUGUUGAGAACAACAAGGCCCGGAUCAACCAGUUCUUGAACAACCUUUGCGAAGUCGGAGACUUCUAUGACACCCUCGAGAUGGACCAAUACAUGGCCCUCUCAAAGAAAGACCUGAUGAUCCACAUUACUCUGAACGAGUUGUACAAUACACAUUCCCUGAUUUUGCAACACAUCGAGACGCUGUCGCCGAAUGACAAACAGCAUCUCCGUAUCUUGACGGACGAACUUGGUCCUGCACCCGCGCAGGUACCGCGGAAGGAGAACCGCACGAUCGAGCUGAAGCUCUACAGUCGCUGGGAGACGCCGGUGCAGGACAUCCAGAGCGCGUUCGCCGACACGGUCUCCUCGAGCGAUAUGCUCUACAUGGAGACCAAGUCGAUCUUCGUGCAGCUCAUCCGAUCGCUCCCGCACGCGGCAGAGAAGCGCCCGUACAACCUCGCCGCGAUCGCAGAGCGCGCGGCAACAACGAAGGACGCGACGCUCGUGCGCAAGGGAAUCAAGGUGAAGGAGAUGCUGCGCGAGCUCGAGGAGCUGAAGAUCAUCGAGCGCGCGGACGACUACAAGCUCAUGCAAGACGAGGUCUCUGCGGAGCUCGUGCAUCUCGGCAAUUUGCGUGAGAAGGUCGUGCUCGAGACCAAGUCGCUCGAGGCGGUCUACAAGACCAUCUGCGACCACAACAACUACAUGCGCUCGCAGCUCGAGCAGUACAAGGCGUAUCUGCAGAACGUGCGCCUCACCGCGACCAAGGACAAAGGCGCCUCGACGGGCGUUGGCGUCGUCACCGUCGGUGGGAAGGAGAAGAAGCCCGUGAAGGCGACCGUAUUGGGCCCGUACCGCUUUACGCAUGCACAGCUCGAGAAGGAGGGCAUCAUUGUCGAGAGCAACGUGCCCGAUAACAGACGGCCGAACAUCUACUUCAACAUCACGUCGCCGACGCCCGGGACGUUCAUCAUCGCGCUGCACUACAAGGGCCGCGAGAAGGCUAUUCUGGAGAUGGACCUGAAGAUCGAUGACCUGUUGGAGAAGCAAAAGGACAACAAGCACCUGCUGGACCUCGAGUACGUGCAGCUGAACGUGCCCAAAGUCCUCGCCCUGCUCAAGAAGGUCUUCGCCAAACGAUGAACGACACUGUCCUGUCCUUGCCUCCCCACCACCCGCCCUUCUUCGUUCGCCCGCCCGCCUACCCGUCUUUUGCACAUGCGCAUGCCCUUUCCUGCGUGCCUUUGGCCCUCGCUUCGCUCUGACCGUCUACUUAUUAUUCCUUUUCAUUCCCCUUCUCUGUUUAUGCGUGCCCUCCCUUUCUCUCCUCUUUUUAUGGUCGUCGUCCAGGACCCCUUCUCCUUUCCUGUCCAUAAUAACAAUAUCGUCUCUCACUCCUCUCCCCUCCUUUAGGUCCGCCCUUUCUUUCGCCUCCGCCUCCGCCUCCGCCUAUCUAUCUAUCCGCGCUCCGUCUCUCUCCUUCUUUUCGUGUCCUUUUGAAACAGCUACAUCACAGCUUCGUUACCCUUUCCCUUCCUGGUUACCCCGCAAACUUGUUUAUCUCCUGUCCUUAUCCAUAUGUCAUUGUUUGGUUCACUUCCUGCCGUCAGUUCAGUAUAUUUAGGUGACCGGCUAUGCGCGUACACAUCCGGACCGUCUUGUUGGCUCCCGCUGUUUGUCCCAUUCUCCGUUCCUUGUCUUCGAUCACCUCUUGGAUGUAUUAUUGGUGUAGUCAUGUGCGGCUGGAUGUGGAGUCGGAUACGUUGUCAAUGUACUGAUCAUGGUUCGAGAAACUUUC